GGAACGUUUUUAAAUAUGUUUGGUUUCGUGAGUGCAUGUUGAUUGUGAAAAGGCGAAGAAGCCACUACUCCAUUGAAAGGAAAAGAUACCAUUGAGCCACCACAAACGUAAUUAGAAGGACUUAAACGGAAAAGGUUCGAAUGGCUACUUUGAAAAACUUUUGGAUUGAGUUCAUAGAUUUGUAUAAAUCACUUCCCGAGCUGUGGAAGAAAGACGCGGAAGAAUAUGGCAAUCGGCACAUUCGGAAAAAGGCGUACGAGGUGAUGGUGGACAAAUACAAUGAAAUUGAUAAAGAAGCCAAUAUUUAUACGGUUAAGAAGAAAAUCAAUAAUAUGAGAACAGCAUUUCGGCGGGAGUUGAACAAGAUGCGCAAAAGUGAACAAACAGCAUUGACACCAAAUGACGUUUACGUACCAACGCUUUGGUAUUAUUCGAACUUGGAAUUCUUAAUAGAUGAAAUGGAUGAUGAGGAGGAAAUGGAUUUGACAGCAACAAAAAUGGAAAUUAUGGAUGAUAUUAAUUCAAUGGACGAUGAAUACACGACAAUAAAUCAAACCCAAAUUCAGUCUACACCCCAACAAAAGAAAAGAAAAUUGGAAAUAACCAUACAGCCUGACCAAAAACGACAACAUACACAAGAUCAUAAGGAAUAUAAUCAGCCACAACAACAGCUGCAGAAACAAUCACAAGCUAAAGUUGAUCCUGUUCGAGCUUUAUCUUCAUCCUGGGAGGUACUAUAUCGUGAUUUAGAUUCAAGGCAAAAGCUUUACGCUAAUCGAAUGAUAAAUGAAGUACUGUAUCAAGCCGCACUGGGAAAGCUUCGUGAAAAUUCAUAUAAGAUAUUGGAAAUGGCUGUCGAAGAACCCAACGGACAUAUAACCUUCAGUCCAGACAGAGAAUCCGAAAAUCAAUAUUAUUUGACCGAAUCAACGGAACACGACGAGCUAAUAAUCAAAAAAGACUCCGAACGCAAACGACAGAAGAACUCGAAACAAUUUAAUUUGAUCAAAUAGAAAACGUGGUGGGAUUGCACCUGUUUUGAAGGUCAUAUAAUAUAUCCUAAAGGUGUUCGUCGUGUAUAAUUAAAUUUAAGUUUAUAAUCUGUUUAAAAUUGAAACAAAGAAUUUUAGAUUAACAAAAAAUAAAUUCCAUAUGGAGUUUUCUGAAUUUUUACUUUACAAUUAAAAAAAAAUCUCCAAUUGUU